AUGCAAAACAUGCACAUUAUUCUGCUUUGGCUUGUGUGUUUUCAUACAAUUUUGUUUGUUAAAUUCUAAAACAGUUUGCAUGAAGUAUCAAUUAUCACCCAUCUCUCUCUCUCUCUCUCUCUCUCUCUCUCUCUCUCUCUCUCUCUCUCUCUCUCUCUCUCUCUCUGUGCAGCCCAUUUAAACAGACUGUAGCGCUGCACACUUGCUUCGCUCUUUUCUGAACCCUCCUUCCCACGAUCCGCCCACCAUCUCGGGACUGGAGUCACGUGUUUCAGAGCCUAAUGUCUCUGCUGGCCGACAGCACACAAAUCAAAGCACACAGCGCGCCCGCCGGACAAAACCAGGGAGGCGUUGACGAAGGAAGAGCGUUCCGACAGAGGACACGCCAGGCGUUCCGCAGGAGAGGGGAUGUGAUAAAUCAUCCAAACAGGAUUGGAGAUGAGAUCCGCACCGCUCCGUGGAUCAUCUUCCAUCUCAAACCGCCAGUGAGGAACUGCGCGCCUCGGAGGAUGUGCAAGCGCGGCGCGGCAGAAACGGUUCUGUGCGUCAGUGAAAAGCUGCUGUUGGUGCGCAAAGAGAAACGGAGGUUUGCUUCACCAUGAGGGCCGUUACGGCAAACUUCUUCGCUCUGCUCUUCCUGUGCGCCCUGGCGAGUGUUUUCUACGCGUGGAGCGCGCUGGAGAGCCGUUUGGAGCGCCACAAACGGAGCUUCUCCGUGUCCGCAACGGGCUCUUUUCUCCCCGUGGACCUCUCCAGUAAAACUUUCCGAGCGCUGCUUGCUGUCCCGGCGGCGCAAAAACCGCGCACGCGGAGCAGACGCGACGAGCACAACCUCACGGAUCAAAGCGCCUCCGCAGGAAAUCCAGAUUACCAUGAGAAUGGGGACAAGAAGGGGUCGGCGCGGCGGGGGCGCUCCCCCGUGGAGGAUGGAGUAUUUUGGAGCGGUUGGCUGGAGGAGCUGCUGCUCCCAGUGGGAUUCCCGGAGGAAUACGCACGCAGCUGGCAUGAGAAAGCCAGGAGGUCUCGAAUAGUGAAACUGGAGCCCGGAUGCGGGAGGAUAUCGAACCAGCUCGCCACUUUUUCAGACGGAACCAAGGCGUGCGUGCGUUACGGGAUCAACGCGGAUCAGGUGCAGGGCGAAACUUUGACUUAUUAUCUGGCCGCUCUGCUGGGGAUUACCAACCUGCCUCCUCUCGUCCUGUCCCAGGUGGACACUGACAGCGAUCAGUGGGCGUCCGUGAGGACACGAGUGGACAGUUUGCAGUGGACGGGCCGAGCCGUGGUGUCUCUCACCGAGUGGGUGUCCAACCUGACCGGCGCGCUCACACCUGCGCCGCUCCGGCAGGAGAGCGGCGGGCUGCGUCCUGCGCUCCGCGAGCUGCGCAACAAGACGACGGCGGAGCUGCUGGAGCUCGUGCAGUGGAGCGAUCUGAUCCUUUUCGACUACCUGACGGCCAAUUUCGACAGACUCGUCAGCAAUCUGUUCAGCCUGCAGUGGGACUCGCGCGUGAUGGAGAGGGACACGAACAACCUGCUGAGGACGGCGCGCGGCCACCUGGUGUUCAUAGACAACGAGGCCGGGCUGGUGCACGGCUUUCGGGUGUUGAACAUGUGGGAGAAAUAUCACAGCACGGUGCUGGGCUCCGUGUGCGUGUUCAGGAAAAGAACCGCGCAGCGCGUGGCGGAGCUGCACAGGCGCAGAGACGCCAGCAGAAAGCUGCUGGAGAUCUACGGACGCAGCGAGCCUUUGUCUGUGGAACUGGGAUUUCUGUCAGACGAGCACGCGGGCAUCCUCCAGGACAGGAUAGACACGUUACACAAACAUAUUUUACACUGCAAAGCGAAGUACAGCCAGCCGCACAAGCAGGUGACGGACUCCCGUUUGGCACAGUGACGCGCACGACACAGAACUGUCACGUUGAACUACCUCCUGUGAAUAGAAUGUGCUGCCUACUUUAUGACAAUUAAUGUUUAUAAGCGCCCUAAGAUUUUCACUGUAUGCCUCACCCAGAAGAAUGAUUAAUUAGGCCGUCUGAAGGUGUCUCCUUAUGUGCGCCAAUAGGGAUAAAUAGAAAUAGGCUGGUAGAGAAAAUUAUGGAAGCCUGUUUCUGCCAAAAAAAAAAAAAUCAUGCACACAUAUAAUUAUAUGAAAAACUAUUAAAUAGGUGUCCUCUUUGGUUAUCUUCCAACUGGGAUGAGGAUCGGCACCUCCAAAUCUGAGAGUAUGGUCCUCUUAUGGAGAAGAGUGGAUUGUCCACUCUGGGUCAGGGGACCAUUAAAGUGCCCCAAGUGGAGGAGGUUAAGUAUCUCGGGGUUUUGUUUGUGACUGGGGGUAAGAUGGAGCGUGAGCUCGAUAGACAGGUUGGGGCUGCGUCCGAUGUUUUGUGGGUGCUAUAACGGACCGUUGUGAAGAAAGUGCUGAGCUGAGUAUACACUUCUAUCAUCACCUGUGGUCAUGAGCUUGUGGUAAUGAUCGAAAGAACAAGGUUACGCAUACAAGCAGCAGAAAUGAGAUCCCUCCGUCAGCUAUUUGGGGUUACACUCAGGGACAGGGUGAGAGACUUAAAUGUCCCGGAGGGACUCGGAGAAAAGCGGCUACUCAUUGGCACUGAAAGGAGCCAGCUGAGGUGGCUCAGCCAUCUGGUGAGGAUGCCCCCUGGUCAUCUCCCAGGAACAUCCAACUGCUGGAGGAAUUAAAUCUCCCACUUGGGAACGCUUCAGCAUUUCCCAGGAACAGUUAGAAGACUUGGCAGAGGAUAGGGAAGUGUAGGAUGAGCUGCCACCACCACAACCCCAACUCAGAUAAGCAGCAGAAAAUGAAUGAUUGAAUGAAUUAAACAGCAUUUUGAAAUUAUGACAUUAAAAUGUACAAAUUUCAACAUUCUUUGUCAUAAUUGCAAGAGAAAAAGUAAACAUUUCUAAUUACGAGAUGAUAGUAAAAGUUGCAGCAUCUUCUCAUAAAUGUGAUUUGUAAUUGUUUUGACUUUUUAAAUUGUAAUCAUGAGAUUGAC